AUAAAAUGAAAUGAGGAGAGCCCACAAACAACUAGUACUCAUGCAAAGGUGUUCAACUCUUUUUCAUGUGGUCUCUGGAAAGCCCAGAGAAUUUGGUUGAAUUUCCCAGAGAUCAAACACAAACAUAAAGAUAUCCCAUAGUAAAGAAAACCGUAUGCGUGUAUGUUCGAUAAAAUGUAGCUGUGUGAAACAUGAACAAUCGAACAGUCUGUUUAAGGCAUGUUAUGGAGGGGUAUAAGAUGUUAAAUAACAAAAAAAAAAAUGGGACAGAUGUAUUGACCCGAGGUGCACUCUGGGUACAUCUGAUGAAAAGCAGAACUGAAAAGAGGAAGAGUAAGUAGUGGCUCUGGUGGCUGUAAAUAUUACACUAUUGCUUGUGACCGAUUCACAGAAAAGAAAAGGCACGCCAGACAUCUGCUGUUACCAUGUACUCAUCCUGUGCGUCUACGUUUCAAGAGGUCCAUGAAUUGUCCUCUCCGUACAAAUCUUUACAUGACAAUUAUGUUCCCAAUAAGCGGGGCUUGAGUGGACUUAAAACAUUGCUGUUGGCCACUGGAUGUUUGAUUAUCCUAGGGGGCUUACUCGCCAUUGCUUUGCUAGAGGAGAUGAAAAACGAGGAAAAGAUUAACAACACUGUGACCCAGAACACCACACAUCAGCCAGAGCCACAUGCUGAACAAUGUGAUCAUGUUAGGGAGUGCAGGAUCGAUCUGGUUGAGACUAUUCCUUUAUGGAUGGACUAUGGAACCAAUGCCACUUUUGGAGUACCGCUGUACAAGGCAUGGAAAGACCUUCUGUCUACAGCAACCCAGCAAAUCGAUAUAGCAUCAUUCUAUUGGUCUCUUACUGGUGAAGACAUCGGCGUCAAGUCCUCCACUGACCAGUUUGGUAGAGACAUACUGGAACGGUUAAAAGCACUGCCAAAAAGAAACGUGUCCGUGAGAGCUGUGAGCAGCAUCCCUUCUGUGGCGACCGACUCGACAGACCUGAAAGUUCUGAGAGAAAAUGGUCAUGAAGUGCAUAUGCUGAUUACUGCAUUCACAUAUGGCUUUGCAUUGUGUCUGUUACGAAGCUUUACAUUCUCAUUGCUUCUUUAUAUAGGAGUGUGGGUCAGACGAAUUAACUUUGGCAGAUUGACCCGAGGAGUUCUUCACAGUAAGUUCUGGAUUGUGGACAGGAGACAUAUCUACAUCGGCAGUGCCAACAUGGACUGGAGAGCAUUAACGCAGGUGAAAGAACUUGGUGUGGUGAUAUACAACUGCACCAGUCUGGCCACAGACCUCCAGAAGAUCUUCCAGUCCUACUGGGAUAUGGGUCACAGCAAUGCAACGAUCCCAGUUCCCUGGCCCCCUUUUUAUGACACAUCCAUCAAUAAAGAUCACCCUCUUCAUGUGAACCUUAGCGAUGUGCCCAGUAGAGUUUACAUCUCGAAUUCUCCUCCUGCCUUCUGUCCGGACUCGCGCACCAAAGACCUGGAUGCCAUUUUGUCCGUGAUCAGCCAGGCAGAGCAGUUCAUUCAUGUAGCAGUUAUGGAAUAUUUUCCUGCCUCCAAGUUUUACCACCAUCACAGGUACUGGCCAGUUAUUGAAAAUGCACUAAUACGGUCAGUGUUUGAGAGGAACCUUACACUGCGUCUCCUGAUCAGCUGUGGCCGUGACAGCGACUCCGCCGUAUUCCCCUUCCUCAAGUCCCUCAACGCCCUGAACUCUCCAUCGGACAACAUCAGGAUAGAAGUGAGACUCUACAUUGUUCCAGAGGGUAACGAGACUAACAUUCCCUAUACCAGAGUAAAUCACAACAAAUAUAUGGUUACAGAUAACGUGGGACACAUCGGUACCUCUAACUGGUCUGCUGACUACUUCAACACCACUGCUGGUGUCGGGUUGGUGGUUUCCCAAGAUGUUUCGCAGUCCCCCUCACCUGGAGACACAUUACUGGGGCAGCUGAGUGCUGUGUUUGACCGAGACUGGGGCUCCAAGUUUGCAGUGCCACUUGAAAAACUGGGCCACAACCCUGACUGUGCUUUUUCUAAAGCAUGAAUGGACAAAAUCAAGUCACUCAAAAAUGGAUAUGCUGCACAUUAUAUAAUGCUUGUCGAUGAGUUAUGUAUUACGAGGAUAAUUAACUUUAAACAGUCCUUUUCACACUAGUAAGAAAGGAUGCGGAGAGAACUGACGCACACGGUUAAGCAUCAAGGUGAACUGGCUUAGUGCAGGCUUGAUUGAAUAAAGCAAUAGAUAUUUAUAGAGAAAAGAAAUGAAAUGAAUAUUGCGAUACAUGUAACAUGGAAAAUAAUAAAUAUCACUGCUGUCAAAAUAUGAAACAAUGGUUCUCCAAGUGGAGUCCGUGAAGCGGAGCCAGAGGGUCAGUGAAGCAGAGCCAGAGGGUCAGUGAAGCAGAGCCCGAGGGUCAGUGAAGCAGAGGGUCAGUGAAGCAGAGGGUCAGUGAAGCAGAGCCCGAGGGUCAGUGAAGCAGAGCCCGAGGGUCAGUGAAGCAGAGGGUCAGUGAAGCAGAGUCAGAGGGUCAGUGAAGCAGAGGGUCAGUGAAGCAGAGGGUCAGUGAAGCAGAGGGUCAGUGAAGCAGGGCCAGAGGGUCAGUGAAGCAGGGCCAGAGGGUCAGUGAAGCAGAGGGUCAGUGAAGCAGAGGGUCAGUGAAGCAGGGCCAGAGGGUCAGUGAAGCAGAGCCAGAGGGUCAGUGAAGCAGAGCCAGAGGGUCAGUGAAGCAGAGGGUCAGUGAAGCAGGGCCAGAGGGUCAGUGAAGCAGAGGGUCAGUGAAGCAGAGGGUCAGUGAAGCAGAGGGUCAGUGAAGCAGAGCCAGAGGGUCAGUGAAGCAGAGCCAGAGGGUCAGUGAAGCAGAGCCAGAGGGUCAGUGAAGCAGAGGGUCAGUGAAGCAGAGGGUCAGUGAAGCAGGGGGUCAGUGAAGCAGGGGGUCAGUGAAGCAGAGGGUCAGUGAAGCAGAGGGUCAGUGAAGCAGAGCCAGAGGGUCAGUGAAGCAGAGCCAGAGGGUCAGUGAAGCAGAGGGUCAGUGAAGCAGAGGGUCAGUGAAGCAGGGGGUCAGUGAAGCAGGGGGUCAGUGAAGCAGGGCCAGGGGGUCCGUGAUCUUGUAUUUUGUUACAGCGGAAGAAAUCAUUACCCAUUAACAAAAGCUGUUGUGUUUAUUAUUCAGUAUUUAUAUUUAUUCAUCUAUUUGACUGUUCACUUGAAUUUAAUCCAAAUGUCACCAAGUCAAAAAGAAGAGCUAUAAAUAGUGCUGUCUUGUCUUGGACUGAAUAAGCUCCGUCAGUAAAUCCACCUAUUAAAGAGAAACUCAGUCCCUCCA